AUUGCUUGCAAUCAUUACACUUAGUGCUCAAUGAGACACCAGCCAACACUCACACAUACACACACAGUGCAUCAGGAGGUUCCGCAACCACAAGUCGCCAACCAGGUUAUAUAUUGGGCUGCUAGUUCUCCUUUAUACUUGUAGCUAGAAAAAGGCUCCACUCAUCAAAUACUUUCAUCAUCCUACAAACCAAGACAACGUCAUUUUCAGACAAGAAGGAAAAAUAUAUAUAAAUGAUCCUCCCCAGGAGCUCCUUUCCGCAGUUUUCCUGACUUUGGCUUCAGUUCUCUGAGACCUUAACAGUGAGUGGCUGAACCUGGAUCAACCCCUCUGAGGUCCCAUCUGCGGCCACCCUGGAGAAGACUUGGACAUUUGUCACCUACUUGGAACCCAACUAGACAGCAGGCUGUGCCCCUUCCUUGCAGCAACUUCUUGGAGGUAUUGCUCUGGGUUUGCAGGAACCUGUGGACUGUACAGCUAGAGGAGCUGCUGGUUGCUUUGGAGCUGGUCCUGGGGGGGCUUGGAGGGGCUUUGCCUGUGAAAUCUCUCCCUGCCUGUUCCCUGCUCUCCCCCGGCAUCCUGGACAGGGAGAUGGGCGGAGGAAUCUGCUGGAGCUGCCAGGAAUAAGAGCACCGUACCUUUCUCCCUGCACCAGCUUGGCUGCACCCUUGCCUAGGACCUUCCCCAGCCAGCAAGGCGCACAGCCACCCUCCCGGAGAGCAUCCAGCUGCACAGCUUCCCUAAGGAGCUCACCAUGAGCUACAUCACAUCAAUGCUCGGGUACAUGUUGAUGCACUUGUUUGUCAUCUGCUUACAAGCUCAGGUAACUGUUCAGUCCCCACCUAAUUUUACACAGCAUGUGAGGGAUCAAAGCCUGGUGACAGAUCAGCUGAGCAGACGGCUCAUCAGGACCUACCAGCUAUACAGCCGGACCAGUGGGAAACAUGUUCAAGUCCUGGGCAACAAGAAAAUCAAUGCGAUGGCUGAGGAUGGCGAUCCACAUGCCAAACUGAUUGUGGAAACAGACACCUUUGGAAGCAGAGUCCGUAUUAAAGGCGCUGAGGCGGGGUUUUACAUCUGCAUGAACAAGAAAGGAAAGCUGGUUGGCAAGGCAAAUGGAAGAGGAAAAGAUUGUGUCUUCACAGAGAUUGUGUUGGAGAACAACUACACUGCAUUGCAGAAUGCCAAGUACCACGGCUGGUACAUGGCAUUCACCCGUAGAGGGCGCCCUAGAAAAGGAUCAAAGACAAGGCAACACCAACGAGAAGUUCAUUUUAUGAAACGGCUGCCAAAGGGGCAUCACACGACCGAACCUCAUAAACGUUUUGAAUUUAUUAAUUACCCUUUUAAUCGGAGAAGUAAAAGAACUCGAUACUCAAGUUCUCGGUAGGAACUGGAGGUCCAUUCCACACUCAACAGACUUUAAAUACAGACUACUCUAUUCUAAUAUAAAGUUAAAAAGACACACGGACUAGUUGUUUUAUAUAUAAAAAUACAUAUAUAUUUUUUGUUUUUACAGAUGAUUUAUUUUUGUAUUCCUACAAGUCAUUUUUUUAAGAAAAAAAAAACAUACAGACUUACAAAAAAAAACUGCGCUCUUCAUAGAGAUCUUAGACCUUUUUUUAUAUCUAGAAAAAGAAUAUUGUAGUGGAGUACAAACCUGGGACCAAAAGUGCUACUUACUGAUAACAAAAAAACACUUAACCAAAAACAAAACAAAUGACAGGUGGAAGAAGAGUGAAGAAGGAACUUGGCCUGCUGGUUUCUUUCUACAUCCGUUAGUGGAGUAUUCGAUUCUAGUACAUGUGCUUUUGAUUAUUUUUAAGAGCUGCUUUUUUUUACCUAUUCAAGUUUUCUUGACGGAAACAGUGAACUACCUGGCUGAAGCAGGUUUUCAAUAUUUGUUAUUUUCACGAAAACGAGGACAAAUCAUGUUUUUGUUUGAGACACAGGAAAAUAAAACCUCACACGACUUGCAACUACAUGGUGGUAAAAUAAAAUGCAUCCCAGUGGUAGAAAUCAGUUGUAAAAUAAUAGUGAUAAAAAGUAAUAAAUAAUGUUAUUUUUUUGAAACACUGUACAAAUGUCAGUUGCCUGGCAAGACCUUUGUCCUUUUUUUGAGGAUAUUUGUAAAUAUUAAUAUUAAUAAU